AUGGCUAGCAUCAUUGCACGUGUGGGUAAUAGCCGGGGGCAGAACACACCCUUGCCACCUUGGGCCCAUUCCAUAUUGAAGUCCCUAGGGAGGAGUCUUGGUCCUUUAAGGGUCAAUAUGGCAGAAAGAAACAUGAAGUUGUUCUCGGGGAGGGUGGUGCCAGCCCAAGGGGAAGAAACCUUUGAAAACUGGCUGAUCCAAGUCAAUGGGGCCCUGCCAGAUUGGAAUAUGUCUGAGGAGGAAAAACUCAAGCGCUUGAUGAAAACCCUUAGGGGCCCCGCGCGGGAGGUCAUGCGUUUGCUGCAGGCGGCCAACCCCAACCUAAGUGUGGCAGAUUUCUUGCGCACCAUGAAAUUGGUGUUUGGGGAUUCUGAAAGCAGUGUCACUGCCCAUGGUAAAUUUUUUAACACUUUGCAGGCACAAGGGGAGAAAACCUCCCUUUAUGUGAUCCAUUUAGAGAUGCAGCUCCAGAAUGCUAUUCAGGCAGGGAUCAUAGCUGAGAAAGGUACAAACCAGACUCGCCUGCAUCAGCUCCUUUUAGGGGCUGAGUUGAAUGGGGACCUGCGCUUCAGGCUGAAGCAUCUUUUCAGGAUGUAUGCAAAUGAUCUGGAGCGGCUUCCCAAUUUCCUGGAGUUAAUCAAGAUGAUAAGGGAGGAAGAGGAUUGGGAUGACACUUUUAUGAAACGGAAGCGGCCCAAAAGAUCUGAGCUAAUCAUGGAGAGGGCAGCAAGCCCUGUGGCAUUUCAGGGCUCCCAGCCAAUAGCCAUCAGCACUGCUGAUUGCGACGUGAUAGAGGUAGAUGAUACCCUCAAUGACUCAGAUGAGUAUGUGAUCCUGGUGGAGUCUCAGAACCCUCCACUUACAUCCAUAGGUGCCCCUCCCCUCAGAGUCAGGGCCAGACUUCAGGCUCAAAUACUGAUCAUCAAUUCCCUAAACAGUUCUCAGGCUCAAUCUCCUUCUACCAGUGGUGGUUCUGCAUAUAAGAAUGAUGGUCCUGGAGAUAUACGUAGAGGCAGGAAGAGAAAAUAUACAGUCCGCUGUUCAUACUGUGGUGAUGAGGGCCACUCAAAGGAAACCUGUGACAAUGAGAGCAACAAGGCCCAGGUGUUUGAGAAUGUGAUCAUCACCCUGCAGGAUCUGACACACACAGAGGAGAAGAAGUCGAAAGAGGUCCCUGGUGAACACAGUGACCUCUCUGAGCCACAGUAA